AUGUUUACCGCGCUGAAGAAGCUGGUUGGUUCUGAGCCUGGACAGCUGAGGGAGAGGAACAUCCCAGCAGGCCUUCAGUCCAUGAACCAGAGUUUACAGAGGCGCUUUGCCAAGGGUGUGCAGUACAACAUGAAGAUUGUCAUCCGUGGGGACAGGAACACUGGGAAAAGUGCCCUGUGGCAUCGGCUACAGGGGAAGAAGUUUCUGGAAGAAUAUAUUCCCACCCAGGAGAUCCAGGUUACCAGCAUCCACUGGAAUUACAAAACGACAGAUGACGUGGUGAAAGUGGAGGUGUGGGAUGUGGUAGAUAAAGGGAAAGGUAAAAAGCGCGGAGAGAACUUGAAACUGGAGAACGAACCUCAAGAGUCAGAGACGGAGAUGGCCCUGGACGCAGAGUUCCUGGACGUUUACAAAAACUGCAACGGCGUGAUCAUGAUGUUCGACAUCACCAAACAGUGGACCUUUAACUACAUCCUGCGUGAGCUGCCGAAGGUUCCCAAUCACGUGCCGGUGUGCGUCCUGGGAAACCAGCGUGACAUGGGCGAACAUCGAGUCAUCCUUCCCGAUGACACCCGUGACUUUAUCAACAGUCUCAACAGACCUCCAGGCUCAUCAUACAUCCAUUAUGCGGAGUCGUCCAUGAAGAACGGGUUUGGACUGAAAUACCUGCACCGUUUCUUCAACAUUCCUUUCCUUCAGCUCCAGAGGGAGACUCUCCUACGGCAGCUGGAGACGAACCAGCUGGACAUCGACGCCACACUGGAGGAGCUGAACGUUCAACAGGAGACCGAGGACCAGAACUACGAUAUAUUUUUGGAGAUGGUAGAGGCACGCAGCAGAGGGUACAGUUCCCCUGGCCCCACCAAUGGACAGAGCCCGUCGUCUGGCUCCCAGUCUCCCAUCGUCCUCCCCGGUGGGGUCUCCCCAACCAGCUCCAGCCCGGGGACUCCUUUAGCCCCUCCCCCACCCCAGCCUGUACCUCUUCCCCACCCCUCCACCCCCCACGCGCCUCCUCAAACCAUGACACCCCCUGCUCCCCAGACGCAGCCACCUGCACAGGCACCGGAGUCUUCAGCAGCUGCUCCGCCUCCUAACCCCACAGCCCCGCCUCCUGCCCAGAAACGUGGCUUCAUAUCCCGGCUCUUUGGAUCAUCUGCUCCUGAGCCUCCUCAGGAAAAGUCAGACGCCCCAGGUCCUGAGGUGACUAAGCCCACUGGGGCGGUGCAGAGUGUGGAUGAUUUCGUCCCAGAGGUGGGCGUGGAUCGCAGCUUCCUGGAGGAAGGAGGAGCAGCGAACGCAGCACAGGCCAAAUCCAAAAGCAAAGCCCGAUCUCCAGCUACACUGGACAGUGACAGCGACGGUGAAGGAAAAGGGGGGAAUCCGUUAGUUUCCGGUUUCCAGGACGAUUUGGACCCGGACGACCAGGCACCGUCUGAAGUUGGGGCCAAGGCGGUGGCUCCGAGCAUGGGCGUGACCCUCACCAGCGACGAGGAAGAGGACGUCAAACCUCCAUCAACAACCACUCAGGACAAAGACCUCAGCACGGGAUUCUCCGCCAACGUCGUAAAGCCUCAACAAAGCAAAACCAAACCGGCAGAGCGACCCCAAAGCCUCAAAACAACAGCCUCCUCAAAGCAGAGAGCCUCCGGGAAGACAGGGGGCGCUGUGGAGGCGGAGUCCUCAGACACAGAGCCCGAGGCCCCCGUGGCCCAGCAGAUGCUUUCCUUCGUCAUGGACGACCCUGACUUUGAAAGCGAAGAGACAGACGUCCUGAAGCCUAAGAAAGAGCCUUUUUCCAUGAGGGACGACCUCUCUGACAGGUCUGACGACGGGUUUGUUCUCACCGGACUCCCAGAACCCCCAAAGCCAUCCGGGCCAUCUAUCAAAACCCUGAACAGUGACACUGACCUGUUUGGACUUGGGUUUGAAGAGAAGACGCCCAAGAGCAGGGACAGCAGUGAGGAAGAUAACGAAAGCAGACACUCGACAAAAGAGAAGAAGAAAAAGAAGAAGAAGAGUAAAGAGGAGGAUGACAAAAGCAGUAAAAAGAGACACAAACACAAGAAAAAAGAGAAGGAUGAGUCAGGAACUGGUGACGAGAAGGAGAAGGAGAAGAAGAAGAAGAAGUCCAGGACCAGGAAAUCCAGCAAUGUGGAUGACCUGGAGGCUUUCCUGACAGGAGCUGACGGGCCAGGAAAAACCGAAGGCGGAGACUAUGAGGAGUUGUAGA